CAUCAUAGUUUCUAAUACAAAUAGUUGUAUGUUUCUAACUUGGACUCAAACUAAAAUCUUCUUUUGCUUUUGUAUUUUCUCCUUGUGAUGUAAAAUAGGGUUUCAGCUGACACAGAGGAGGACUGGAAUCUGGAGUCCAUUCACGAGCGCCCACAUUCAAAAUAACAAGUAUUUUGUUAUAAUGUUGAAAUGGUUUUUUCUGAAAUAGUUUUUUCUAUGUGCUUUGGUGUGCAGAGAAGUUCUGAAUUGAUAUACAUCAUGUAGUAUGUAGUGCUGACUCAUUCUCAUUUGAUUAUCAUGUCAUUUGAUUAACAUGUGUCUAUUUGGAGUCUCCAGGUGCACUUUUUUUAAAUUAAAGUUUACAGAAACUACAUUUUUUGCAGUAUCAUUCUCAAAUUUGAAUCACAACAUGGUCAGACAUUCAGUUUACCUAUAUGGUGUCCCCAGGUGUGUGACAUGGCAAUUUCAUACCUUUAUUGCUAAGUGAAUGUUAUUUAAAAAAAAACAGAAGUCAUUUAAUGUAUAUUUUACCUUGUUUUACUCUGUUCCUAUAGUAUCUAAGUUGUUAUGACUAUUGGGCAACAAUAUAUCAAGUGUCUAGUUUCAAACAAGACCAGAAUAUAGACCAUAGGGUUGAAGAGCUGCAGACAUUUUAGUUUGGGUUUGUCGUUUUUUAGAAAAUGCUCAAAAAUAGGGUUGUGGGUAUAGGAGGUUAUAACAUCCACAACUAAUGUGAACAUAGGCUUUAAUGCUGAAUAGAUGAUUUUUGCAUAUUUUUCACCAAAAUGGCUGAAUAUCCUGUGUGUGUUAACAGUUAACUUGAGAGUAUCGGACACACCGCCGCCAUUAAAGUUUUUUCCCCCGCAUAUAACGUUAAGUUACCCGCUGACGCUACCCGCUAAGUGCAUUUUACAAGUACAAUUUUGCAAAUUUUUCACCAAAAUGGCUGAAUAUCAUGUCCAUUGUGUGUUAACAGAUAGAAGAGCUGCGCAUAUCGGACACACCGCCGCCAUUAACGGUUUCCCCCUACAUAUUACCCACCGACUCAUCAGAGACUGCAGGUUACACUAUCUUUGCUUAGGAAUUGAUAAAAGAGCUGCGCAUAUCGGACACACCGCUGCCAUUAACGUUUUUUCGCCCGCAUAUAACGUUACCUGCUGACUCAUCACAGUACGUUGCACAAAUGUUCUGUGUUGUGCAAUAUUUUGAUGCCAAGAAGUCUGUGUCUGUGGUGCCUUAAUCAUGGUACAACGACGGUUUUACUUUCUGGCCAAAUUACACAAGCGAUGAGAGGAUUAACAAAACUGUGAAGUCCGCUGAAGUGCCAGGCCACAAAUGGUCGAAGCAUCCUGUCAGACUAUUGAAGACAUGGUGACUUCCUGUCAGCCUGGCAAGGAAUGAAACAAUCACUGACAUGUGACACAUCGGAGCUAGACACCGAUGAUGAAAAUGAGGAAGUUGGUCGAGGCAAAAGAUCACCUAAACCUUUUGAAAUGUGUCUCCUAAAAAUUAGGCAUCAUUAUGGUGAUACUGAAGACGACAGUGACAGAGAGCCUGCAUCUAGGAAAGCACCCACAUCAUUGAUUCAACAUCGGCCAUCUUCAGGACCCUCAUUAAUGUCACGAUGAUUCAAUCAGCACAGAAUGUUCCUGAUGCACAGAAGGCCAUUAUGACAGCUUCUGAGGAGCUUCUGGGGUCUCUGCGACAUAUACAAGCCUUGGAGGACAGAGAUGACUUGGUACACGCAGCAUUGAACUUCUUGCUGGAGAGCAGGUUGAGAGAUUCUUUGGAACAAUUUCAAGAAGGCCUGCAGUGUUUAGGGCUAAUUCAAGAUUUACAGAAGAAUCCCAGUCUCUUUAGAGUGGUACUGAUGUUUGAGGAGAAGCCCCUAACUGCAAGAGAUUUGGCUGAUCUGUUCGUACCUCAGCUGUCUCCGCUAGGAACCAAUAAAAGAGAACUGGAGAGUAAAAUUAUUUGCUACUGGAGGGACUGGCUCCUGGAUGUGGAAGAGGGAGCUUCAUCACCUCUUUCCCUGAAGAACAUUUUGGCAUUUGCGUCAGGAUCGACAGAAAUCUCUAGAUUGGGUUUUCCUGUAGAUCCAACCCUGGAAUUUCUACAUCAACAGGAAUCUGAGACUCCAAAGAUUUUUCCCGAAGCCAACACAUGUAGGUUUUGUUUGAGGCUUCCCAUACAUAAUAAUUACGAAGCGUUUGUAGAAUUUAUGAGGAGUGGCAUUUUGCAAGCACCUACAUUCGGCGUGAUUUAAUUGACUUUUUUAUUGUAAUGCCCAUUUGUUGUGGCUGUUACUGUUCUCUAAAGUCAGGUGUCAUUAAAUAGUCAUUCAUUUAUUCAAUGUUUUUGACUUCUAAUAAAAGACAUGCAAAAAAGAGUUAGUAAUAUCUUAAAAAUGUUCCAGAAGCCAACACAUGUUUAUGGCUUACCAUACAUAAUAAUUACGAAGCGUUUGUAGAAAAUA